UAAGUGAAACACUCAAUUUUUUCUUGAAUAAAAAUCUAAGUACUUAGAUGUUCAGUAUGUGAACAUAGCUGUUGCGUUGAACUUUUUCUUUAGAGUUCCUUAUAGAUCUAUAUGCAAUUAUGCAUCAUAUAAUGUUUAAGUUAAACUUAUGUAUAAUUUGAAUAUAUCCUAUUUUAUGAUCAGUUUUAACUGCUCAGUUUUAUCUGAUAAAUUUUAUUGAGUGGAUUAAGAUGGGUGAGGCAAUUUUUUUAUUUCUUACCUUUUAUUAUUUCUUGACUCUCUGCUCUUAGUAAGUUUAUACAGAACGGAGUUUGCUGUCGUUACUUAUUGUUUGGAAGUACAUAACAUGUAUCUGUGAUAUUUUAAUGCUUAUUAAUACAUAUUUGAAUUUAAAUUUUUCAACAUCAGUAUUGAAUGGUCAAUUUAUUCAAAGUAUGCCAAUAAUUAUUUUUUUAAUUAUUGCCAGAAUUAUUUAUAUGUAAAGUCAAAUAUUAAGUGUUUCUUAUUGUGCAGAAAAUAAAUGAAGGAAUCAGAAAUAUGUACAAUGAGAGAUGAUUUACAAGUGAACCAUUAUCUUGGACAUGUGAAAUGUGGCCACGCAAUCAUCCAUCUUCUUGUAAUCUUAUUCAGUGUAUCCACUUGGAUUGGCAUCAAUGGGAUAUUCAUCGAAUUGCCGUUGCUUGUCAAUAUUGCUCCAGAAAGUUGGAAUUUACCUGCGUACAUAGUAAUAGUGACGCAAUCUGCGAAUGUAGGUCCUGCGAUAUAUAUUUUCUUACGUAAGAAUAAAUGCGAAUUGAACGAAUCGUUGUGUAUAUUAUGCUUAUUGUGUCUGCAAGUUCUCGCUAUGGGACUGCUUAUAUUCUUCCAUGAUAAAACAACUGUCAUUGGUGGUGAGAAACACAGCCUGAUCUUGCUUGUCUCGGUAUUCUUUAACGCUUUGGUCGGUUGUUUCAGCUCUGUACUGUUCCUGCCUUAUUUUCGUGACUUCGAUGACAUUUAUAUCGUGUCCUAUUUCAUUGGAGAAGGUCUGAGUGGUGUACUGCCAAGCAUAGUGGCACUGAUACAAGGUGUAGGAGAACGAUUAGAAUGCAACACAAGAGAAAUAAUUCCUCUCAAUGCGUCCUACGUAAAAUUUCCAGGACAAUAUUAUUUCCUGUUUUUGACUCUUGUGCUUGUUUUGUCGCUUGUCGCGUUUAUCAUCUUACAAUAUUCUCCGUCUGUGCAAAGUAGAAAGAACUUGCGUGAUCCUAACUUUUUCACGCAAACUAAAGUACAAUUAGUAGAUUAUAAGCGACACAACGAGCUUGAUGUUAGCCCCAAUGUCUGGUACAUUGGUCAUACGUUAUCAAGGAAAGAAAAUAAAGAAGCAAAUUGUUCUUUGUCAAAGGAAGCAAAUAAUUUAUACAUACUCAGAAAAAUUUAUUUAUACAUCCUGAUUGGAAUUUGUUGUUUCUUUAGUAAUGGAUUCCUCCCAAGUAUCCAAUCUUAUUCGUGUCUACCAUAUGGUCAGCUUGCUUAUCAGCUAUCCAUCACUUGUGCUCAAUUCGUUAACCCACUUGCCUGUUUCUCGACAUUCUGGCUGAAGGUAUCGAACAUAAAAAUUAUCAAUUGUCUCUCUCUGAUAUGUUUAAUCGCUGGAUGCUAUGUUAUAUGCAUAGCUUUAUUGUCUCCUGCUCCACCAUUGCAAAGCUCAAUAAUUGGUGUAGGAUUAAUCGUGUUAUUUUGGAUUAUUUUAUCAGGAAUCGUAUCGUAUUUAAAACUCAUAAUCGUGUCUCUUGUGAAACAUAUAUCUUCUUCGAAGGCACUUUUCGAUGUAGGCAUAGUUAUGCAAGUGGGUUCGGCGAGCGGUGCAAUUAUCUCGUUCGUUUUAAUCAACUUUACCGAUUUUUUCAAAGUGUAUGAUUCCUGCUCUGUCUGAAAAGGAAUUAUCGAAGAGCUCUAUAUAAUGUGCGAAUCAAAAUGCAAUAAUAAAAGUAAGACAAUAGUGCUUUAGAAAAAAAUUAAGUAUCUUUAUAUCGAUAUCAAUAGAUAAUGAUGUAUCAAUAGAUAAUGUUGUAUUUUUAUUUUUAAACAGUUUAAGAAGUGUAUCUGUGAAUGAAAAAUGAUGUAAAAGAUAUAUUUUAUAUAAAUAA